UUCAAUAUUUCAGUUCUCAUAUAACUUCAAAAAGAACUUGGAAAAAAUGAGAGAAAUUGUUCACGUUCAAGCCGGACAAUGUGGUAAUCAAAUCGGAGCCAAGUUCUGGGAAGUGAUAUCCGAUGAGCAUGGGAUCCAGCCUGAUGGAACUUAUAAGGGAGAAAGUGAUUUGCAGUUGGAAAGAAUCAAUGUCUACUAUAAUGAGGCUAAUGGCGGCAAAUAUGUCCCACGCGCUGUUCUCGUCGAUCUUGAGCCAGGAACCAUGGAUUCUGUCCGCUCUGGACCAUUCGGCCAGCUGUUCCGUCCAGAUAACUUUGUGUUCGGACAAUCCGGAGCCGGAAACAACUGGGCCAAGGGUCACUACACCGAAGGAGCCGAACUUGUCGAUAAUGUGCUCGACGUAGUUCGAAAAGAGGCUGAAGGAUGUGAUUGUCUUCAAGGAUUCCAGUUGACUCAUUCACUUGGAGGAGGAACUGGAUCUGGAAUGGGAACUCUUCUCAUUUCGAAAAUCCGUGAAGAGUAUCCAGAUAGAAUUAUGAGUUCUUUCUCGGUUGUUCCGUCGCCAAAGGUCUCGGACACAGUCGUCGAGCCAUACAACGCUACUCUUUCUGUCCACCAGCUCGUUGAAAAUACCGAUGAGACUUUCUGCAUUGACAACGAGGCUCUUUAUGAUAUCUGCUUCAGAACCCUCAAGCUUUCAAAUCCAACUUAUGGAGAUCUCAAUCAUCUUGUUUCCGUUACAAUGUCCGGAGUCACCACGUGCCUCCGCUUCCCAGGACAACUCAAUGCUGAUCUCCGCAAACUUGCAGUCAACAUGGUUCCAUUCCCACGUCUUCACUUCUUUAUGCCAGGAUUUGCUCCAUUGUCAGCUAAAGGAGCACAAGCGUACCGUGCACUUACGGUCGCCGAGCUUACCCAGCAGAUGUUUGACGCCAAGAAUAUGAUGGCUGCCUGUGAUCCGAGACACGGACGUUACCUGACUGUAGCUGCAAUGUUCCGUGGACGUAUGUCAAUGAGAGAAGUCGAUGAUCAAAUGAUGAAUGUGCAGAAUAAGAACUCUUCGUAUUUUGUUGAAUGGAUUCCGAAUAAUGUGAAGACUGCGGUCUGUGAUAUUCCACCACGUGGGCUCAAGAUGUCGGCCACUUUUAUUGGAAACUCGACAGCUAUUCAGGAGUUGUUCAAGAGAAUCUCUGAACAAUUUACAGCAAUGUUCCGCCGCAAGGCUUUCCUCCAUUGGUAUACUGGCGAAGGAAUGGACGAGAUGGAAUUCACUGAAGCUGAGAGUAAUAUGAACGAUCUUGUCUCAGAAUACCAGCAAUACCAGGAAGCAACUGCAGAGGAAGAUGGAGAACUUGAUGGAACUGAUGGAGAUGCUGAAUAGAAUAGAAAACUAUGAUUUGAACAAUUAUUUAUGAAAAAAAAACUUGAAAUUUCUAAAAUUUGUAUCGCCUGCUUCCUGCCAUAAUUUGUUCUUUUUUUAACUUCAAAUCUCCCUUAUUUCUAUCGUUAUUGCCAGAAAUGUUCGGUACAUUUACAAAAUUUCCCAAAGUAUUUCCCAGAAAUUUAGAGGGAAAAAUAUUUAAUUUUCGGUUUUCCGGAAGAUCAAAAAAUCGAAAAAAAAAAUUAUUUAUAAUUUUUUCGAUUUAGUUUCAAAAAAACUGCCCAAAAUCGAUUUUUAAGCAAAUUUUUUGGCUUUUUUGCACAAUAAAUCGAAAAACGAAAAUUUAUAUUUUUAGAUUUACCGAAAAGUCGACAAAUGUUCAGAACAUUAACAAAAAUUCUUUUUUUUUAAAUCAAAUUGCUGAAAUUUGAUUUGUGAGCAACUUUUCGAAACUUAGAUGAAAAUUAAUUUCAAAAAUAAUUACAAAUGUUUCAUUUAAAAUUUAAAUUUUGCCAAUGUACCGCUCAUCUCUGAGCUAUAUUUUCUCUCCAACUUCUGUGAGCUUUUCCGCACAUUCCAAUUUCCCUGAUAUAUAUAAUAAUAUAAUUUGUCUAGUAAACGAUAAAACUCAUGGCCUAUAUUAUAUGUGAGAGUGUCUAGAGAAAAUAUAUAUAGUUGAUGGCU